CCCAGGGUUGUGGCCACGCGCAGCGGCAGCGGUUGUUCCGCUUCCCCUCCGGCCCGGGCCGUCGCCAUUGCCGAAGGCUCCUGCCCUCCCCUCCCUGGCCCAAGGGGUUCUGCGCCUCACGGCCUCGGUAGCGACGGCCGCGCCCCGCGCCGCUCCCCUCCGCCCUGCCCUCCUCCCUCUCAGCGCCCCAGCGCAGUGCUCGCCCGCGUCGGCCAAGCAGCCCGCCCUGGGUCGGGCGGAGACCUUUCCUCUCUGGCUGUUUCAUAAUUCUGAAUCAUGUCUGAUAACGGAGAGCUAGAAGACAAGCCCCCAGCACCUCCAGUUCGGAUGAGCAGUACCAUUUUUAGCACCGGAGGAAAAGAUCCUUUAUCAGCCAAUCACAGUUUGAAACCUUUGCCUUCUGUUCCAGAGGAAAAAAAACCCAGGAACAAAAUCAUCUCCAUAUUCUCUGGCACAGAAAAAGGAAGUAAAAAGAAAGAAAAAGAACGGCCAGAGAUUUCUCCCCCAUCUGAUUUUGAGCACACCAUCCAUGUUGGCUUUGAUGCUGUUACGGGAGAGUUCACUGGCAUGCCAGAACAGUGGGCGCGGCUGUUGCAGACCUCCAACAUUACCAAACUCGAGCAGAAGAAGAACCCUCAGGCAGUGCUGGAUGUCUUGAAGUUCUACGACUCCAACACUGUGAAACAGAAGUACCUGAGUUUCACUCCUCCUGAGAAAGAUGGCUUCCCUUCUGGAACACCAGCACUGAACACCAAGGGGUCAGAGACAUCAGCUGUAGUGACAGAGGAAGAUGAUGAUGAUGAAGACGCUGCUCCUCCCGUCAUUGCCCCUCGGCCAGAUCAUACAAAAUCAAUUUACACACGGUCUGUCAUCGACCCCAUUCCUGCUCCAGUUGGUGAUUCUAAUGUUGACAGUGGUGCCAAGUCUUCAGACAAACAGAAAAAGAAAGCCAAGAUGACCGAUGAAGAGAUUAUGGAGAAAUUAAGAACUAUUGUGAGCAUAGGGGACCCAAAGAAAAAAUACACAAGAUAUGAAAAAAUUGGGCAAGGGGCUUCUGGAACAGUUUUUACUGCCACUGAUGUGGCCCUGGGGCAAGAGGUUGCUAUCAAGCAGAUUAAUUUACAGAAACAACCAAAGAAGGAAUUGAUCAUUAAUGAAAUUCUGGUGAUGAAAGAGUUAAAGAAUCCCAACAUAGUUAACUUCUUGGACAGUUACCUGGUAGGAGAUGAGUUGUUUGUGGUAAUGGAGUACCUCGCUGGUGGGUCCCUCACUGAUGUUGUAACAGAAACCUGCAUGGACGAAGCGCAGAUUGCCGCCGUGUGCAGAGAGUGUUUACAGGCGUUGGAGUUUUUACAUGCUAAUCAAGUGAUCCACAGAGACAUCAAAAGUGACAAUGUGCUUUUGGGAAUGGAAGGCUCAGUUAAACUUACUGACUUCGGCUUCUGUGCCCAGAUCACUCCUGAACAGAGCAAACGCAGUACUAUGGUUGGAACACCGUACUGGAUGGCACCAGAGGUGGUGACACGGAAAGCCUAUGGUCCCAAAGUUGACAUAUGGUCUCUGGGCAUCAUGGCUAUCGAGAUGGUUGAAGGAGAGCCUCCAUACCUCAACGAAAAUCCUCUGCGGGCAUUAUACCUGAUAGCUACAAAUGGAACUCCUGAACUUCAGAAUCCAGAAAAACUUUCCCCAAUAUUUCGGGAUUUCUUAAAUCGGUGUUUGGAAAUGGAUGUGGAGAAAAGGGGUUCGGCCAAGGAACUGUUACAGCAUCCUUUCCUGAAACUGGCCAAACCAUUGUCUAGCUUGACGCCACUGAUCCUGGCAGCUAAAGAAGCAAUGAAGAGUAACCGCUAACAUCGUCACCGAGGCCUCCUAUUCCCUUAUCCAUUUUUUAAAAGAAGUCUUUUAAUACAUGAAAUUGUUACUCUGAGGGGUGUAAAGAGACAGUCUGCAUCACAUGGAGGAAAAAAAAAACUAUUAUUUUCUAAAGAUGACCAAGAGAAAAUUGCAGUAAGAGAGCUAUGACUUUGAAAUGAGCCCCUGCUUUAGGGUCCAAGAGGAACGGUGGACUGCAUCACUAGCCUUACAUGUCCCGCAGACCGCGCUUGACGUUCGCAUACUGUGUGAUGACUUUUAGUAUGGCAGAUCCUGUUCCUGUCUCCCCUGGGGGAUUUCCCAUACUUGAAUGUCAGAUUCAAGUUUUUCUGAGUAUUUCAUCUGCUGAUCUUCUCUCCUUCGUGACCUUCCCUUCCUCUAACCCUUUCCUUUUAAGUUGUCGUUCGGAGUUUUUCUUAUGCCUAAAUGCAAGGCAGAUGUGAUAAAAUGAUUGAUGUAGCUCUUUACAUUGGGAAAGGAGCUUGACAUGCUUAGCUUCCUAUAGAAGUCAGGACCGGCUGGUGUGCGGAGUGUUUCAGUUCAGAGCCUAAACUGAAAGGGGGAAAGUAUGUGAUUUUUACCUUUUUUAACAAAUGUGAAAGAGUCAGCUUUAGAAAUUUUGUGGUAGUAAGUUUGACAUUUGUUACAUGUAUAGAAAGAGGACUAAUAAUCUAUAUUUAUAACUAAAUCAUUGAUACAGAGAAGAAAAAUCCCACUGACUGUAUAUUCUCACCAUUUUGUAGUCUUUCUCUGCCUGUUUCUCCUCAUAUUUGGCUUUAGGAACCAAAGUGAUCUGCGCUUGUUGACGCGGGCUGUGUGACUUUGGUGCCACUCCCUUCCUGUGUUUCCUUGGAAAUAAGUGUCUGUAUAUGUUGUGAUUUUAGGUGUCCGUUUUGAAUCAACCCUUAUUUCACAUACACCCCCUCCACCCUCUAGGGCAAGUAAUAACCAUUGAAUUUUCAGAAUUUAAAAGUUAAAAGAUUUUUCCUAUUUAAAAGGAAAAAUAUUUGGGACUAGCAGAAACCAAGUGAGAUUUGAACCUUGGUGAGUUCUAGGCUAGUUGUAAUAAUGAAAUGUCAAUAUUGUAGAGGUGAAGUUUCUGACAGUAAACUGUAAAGACUCAUCUAAUCUACAGUGUUCCUGACCCAUUAUCAAUGUUUUACUGUUUAUGACAGAUGAAAUAGUGCAGUACUUGAUGGAUCAUUUGAGGUGUUGGGUACUUUAGUGUUUGUUUUUCCAAAUGAGUAGGGUAUUCAUUGUAAAAAAACAAAAACAAAAAACAAACUGGAGAAAGGAAACUGCAGUGUUCGUAUUGUUAGUAAUACUUUUAUUUUAAAGAUUUAAUAAAAGGUCUGUGACCUGUAGUAGUAGCUGUUAGCUGCCCUCUCCCCACUCCUGCCUUUCCUCUUCUCUGCUUCUCUGUAUUGCUUUGUUGUUUUGCCUGUGAGGAGGUAUUGCUGUCUAUCCUAUGGUCCUGCAACCAUAGGAAAGAAAAUCCCUGUGGUUGGUUCAGGUUUGUCCCCACCAUCCCCUUUCAAAGAACGUGACACAUACUCGCCCUGCCAUUCUGCAGAGUACAAAUCAUAAAUGAGUAAGUUUGCUCUUUGGGUUGGGGGAAGGGGCAGGGUUUCAUUUCCUGGUGUUCCCAUUAGAAUACAGGAUAAGAAGAGAUCACUAGGGGCUUUCAGCAAAAGUCAACAUCUAGAGCACUUACUGGCCUGUUUUCCAUGCGAGCUCCUUUUCCUCUGGACUGUAUUUUCCUACAGCUUUCACUAAAUUACAGGAAUAAAGUGGUUUCUUUGUGGUGGGAAGCUAGGCUGCCUCUUGAGUUCUGGCUGUGAGUGUUGUUUGUGAGCCGCUGUCUGGAUAGAUUGUGAUGACAGUGCUGCCAGCAUAGAAGAAAGCCAGCUACAUGGUGGCACUGCUUAAGAAGGUGCUCCAUCCUCAAUCCUCGAGAGCACCGGGGACACAGGCUGCUGCCCCUCCUUAGGCUGUGACUCCACACCGGCUUGUCCACACAGAAGCAGUCUGGGGUUUGUCCUUAGAAUUUCUUGGAUGGUUAUUUACAUGUCCAUUGCUGGCGACGGACUCUGUCAUUCAAACCUGACUCCAAGGUUAAGGGAGCUGCACUGUGCUUUAUUCUCUCCUGACCUGGACAAACUAACCUGGAAUAGUUAAUCGUAAUGGUUAAUUUUGAGAUGUGUCAUUUUUAAACAGAAUAAUCUUUAAAGCAAUAUAGAAUUGUGAUUUAUUAGUUAAUUUUAAAUUAAAAUUUUGAGAUCCUGUUGAAAGACAAUUGUAUGAAUUGAGAUUCUUUUUUUUUUUUUUUUUUAAAGACUUGCCUCUGUAUUCCCUCUUUUGCCAUCUCUUAGAGUAAGAAUCCCCAUUGGAGCCUCCCUUAGUCCUCUUGUGUCCUUAGGAACUGUUUGCCCUACCACUUAUUUAUUACCUUGCAGUCUUUGUGGUGGCCGCAAAGGCAUCUUCUCUCCUUCUGCUGCACUCUGUUUACAGAGCACCAUAGCCACCCACAGCAGUUAGAAGGAGCGUGAGUGCAGCUUGCUGCACCAUGACCAGCAUAGCUCUGUCUGCACGCAUUGAGUUCCCUUCAACAGACAGCUGUCUGUCCAGUGACCACCAGUCCUAAAUGUGCUAUGCCGAAAUAUCUCUUCAUGGGCUCAUGUGUAUGCACUGUGUUCUUGCCUGCAUGCUUUAUACCUUAUCAGACCAUGGUUAGAAUUAGAAGGUAGGUGUUGAAACAGGCUGCAUCCAGUUUUGAAUAUGAAAAUCUUAGAAGCAUACUGAGAUCUGCAAUCACUAAACUGUCAGAAUGUAUGGGCCCCGUGAGCAUUGGGCAGGGGCAGUGUCUGCUUAUCCUAGCCACUAGAUCAGGAGAAGGAAUUCCUUCUCGUUGGCAUCUGACCUCAGCAGACACUCCCCCCGCCUGCUCCCACACGGUUAUCAUAGAUAAUACAAUGUUUUCUUUCUUUUCUGAGACAGUCUUGCUGUAUAGGCCUGGUUAGCUUAGAUGAGUCUAGCCUGGAACCCACAGCUAUCUACCUGCCUCUGCUGCCCAGUAGUGGAAUAAUGGCAUGCACCACUGUGUCCUGUUUAAACUUUUUUCUAAUGUCGUUUCAGGCUAUAUAGUUAAUGGGUCCAGGAGUGUAGCUCAGUGGUGAGUCACAUGCCUAUCAUGCACAAAGCCCCAAGCUUGAACCCGUGCUCCACUAAAAACAGUAUCUAGGCCACUACUUGACAGUAUUGUAUAAUUUCAAAUUUUAAAAAAAUUGCUAAAAUCUUGUUAAAUGUUUCCUUUUGGUUUUCUAACAAUCGCACUGACAGGACAGAUUGCUCUGUCAGCGCUGUUCUGUGAUGCGUAUGUGUGAUGUUCUGUGAAGUGGCUUUUCUGAAGCUGCGUGUAGGAAACAUCCCCACACAUUCCCUCUCUUAUCAGUACAUCCGCUGACCACUCUGGCAGAGAUGCUGUGUUUGAUAUUAGAGUUACGAACAGAUUCAAGCAUUGGCCUGGUCUUGAAAGAACUCAAGUCUUUCUCAUUCACUACCCUAUGCUAAAAACAGAUAACCUUGUCAAACAUGCUAUUUCUGCGUCAAGAAAAACAAUUAGUUGAAGUUCAAAGAAAGGAGUCACUUUUUUAUGUAUUUAUUUUUUGGUUUGCUUUCCUUGUUUUGGUAGGUAGAAAUUGAGUUGGGUAAAAAGCCUAUUUCUAUUUUGUUUUCAGAUUUUAUAUUGCCUUCUAUUUUUAAUUUAAUCUAACAUAAUCAACUGUACUUUGCUAUAACUGCUGUAUUUGUUGACUGAAUAAUUUUGUUCUUUCAGGGCUAGAAAUAAACUUUCAUGUCCAUUUUCUUUU